CUUCUCAUCAAAAGUUACGUUCACCCACACGAACUCCUGCAGAACACGCACUCCUUUCCGACACGCCCCUCUUAACUUACGAACCACUCUGCCUCCCGCCGCGUCAGCUGCUCCUACUCCAGACAUUCUUGCGAUCACUUAGAUCUUGAAGCCCAGCAGCAGAAUCUCCUCACGCCCGACGACGCUCCGCAAGUGCCAGCCCCUACUGCUUCCAUCAUGUCACGCCUCAACAUUCCGUUGGAUGCCUUGACCUCCAGAAUGAACUUCUCCGGCCGCUUCGAGGGCCUGCGCAAUCAGUCUAUCUCGUCGCGUUUCGCCAACCUGAAGCCUAUCUCUGAAUUUCUCGACUUCAAGCGAAUCUCCAAGCCUGCCAACUUCAGCGAGGUGCAGAGCAGGAUCAACUAUAAUCUUGGCUAUUUCUCCAGUAACUAUGCUGUUGUCUUCUGCAUGCUCUCCAUCUACAGCCUGCUCACCAACUUGAUGCUCCUAUUCGUCAUCUUCCUCGUCGUCGGCGGCAUGUACGGCAUUGGCAAGCUCCAAGGCAACGAUCUCGAGCUUGGCAGCUGGCGCGCCACGACCUCACAGCUCUACACCACCCUCCUCGUCAUCGCAAUUCCUCUUGGCUUCUGGGCUUCUCCUUUUGCUACAGUUCUCUGGCUCAUUGGGGCGUCCGGCGUCACCAUCCUUGGUCAUGCUGCAUUCCUAGAUAAACCAAUCGA